AUGAAAAUAGAAAUGAGAAUCCAACUUAUUUUAUUAAUUGUUUCUUCUAUUAGUGAAUCAGGUUUGGCAAUAUGGUGUUACCAAUGUACAGCAGCCACUCCUGGUUGCAAUGAACCCUUUAACUGGCGAGGUAUUGGUUAUUUAGGAAGCCCUUGCGUCGAUAGUGAAGAUGUCUGUGUAAAAUUGAUUGAGAGAAAAGGAGCUCAAGAAAUUAUAACAAGAGAUUGUUUAAGCAAUUUUAGACCAUUCCGUACUGAUAUACCUGCUGAUACUUAUGAGGGCUGUAGACCAGCUGCCAAAGAUGUAAACCUGGCCAAUUAUGUGAACAAUUCUAUAAAAGAACUUGAUGUAAAAAGGGAAUGGUAUGACGAGACUAUAUGGUGCAUGUGCUUUCUUGACAAUAGAUGUAACAGUGCAUCAGCCGUUUCGAUUUCGUUUGUCGGUCUAGCAUUGUCAAUUGUAUUAUUACUCACAAAAAUGUUUCCUUGA